AUGGCAGCGGACGGACAGUGCUCGCUCCCCGCUUCAUGGCGGCCGGUGACCCUCACCCACGUCGAGUAUCCUACAGGUGAUCUCUCUGGCCACCUCCUUGCCUACCUGAGCCUCAGCCCUGUAUUUGUCAUCGUUGGUUUUGUGACCCUCAUCGUAUUUAAGCGGGAGCUGCACACGAUCUCAUUCCUCGGGGGCCUGGCACUGAAUGAAGGGGUCAACUGGCUGAUCAAACACGUUGUCCAGGAGCCACGGCCCUGUGGAGGCCCCCACGCAGCAGUGGGCACCAAGUAUGGGAUGCCCUCCAGCCAUUCCCAAUUCAUGUGGUUCUUCUCUGUCUAUUCCUUCCUUUUCCUGUAUUUAAGAAUGCACCAAACGAACAAUGCCAGGUUCCUGGACCUGCUGUGGAGGCACGUGCUCUCCCUGGGGCUCCUCACUGCGGCCUUUCUAGUCUCCUACAGCAGGGUCUACCUGCUGUACCACACCUGGAGCCAAGUGCUCUAUGGGGGCGUCGCUGGAAGCCUCAUGGCCAUUGCCUGGUUCAUCUUCACCCAGGAAGUCCUCACCCCGCUGUUCCCCAGGAUAGCAGCCUGGCCUAUCUCCGAGUUCUUCCUAAUCCGAGACACGAGCCUCAUUCCCAAUGUACUCUGGUUUGAGUACACAGUAACCCGGGCAGAAGCCAGAAACAGACAACGCAAGCUGGGGACGAAGCUGCAGUGACUGGUGGGUGUAGCAGGGUCCAGCCUCCAGAUCUGGCCUGCAUGAUGCCUUGUAGGAUGGACAGAAUGAUGGACAGAGGGACGAAGCAGAGACCUCUACAGACCCAAGUCACCACGUGGAGCCUUUUUUUUUCUUAUUUUAAUUUUAACAAACAUGGUGGACCAAAGGGCCAAGCCAGCCCCUCAACCAGGACCCUAGAGGGUCUGCUGCCUGGGGGCCACACGGCCAGAGAUCGUCGCUGUGCUGCUGCCAGCCCCGGCCGGGCAGAAAGUGCCCUUUGCAUGGGCACCAGGGUGUAGGGUAGAGAGAGGCUUGUGCCUCUGGUCUUGGGGCCAGGAAUUCCAGGUGGCGUGAAAAGUCACACUAUUUAUUUUUUGGUUUUGUCAAGGCAGAUGAGAUUUUGGAGAUGGGCCCAGAAGAGCCUGCUCUGCAGUGGCUGCCCUGUGAACUGAGAGGCCCAGGUCAGCUUCCCAGGC